CAAAACCCUGUCUCUCUUUACCUUCCUCUAUAAAUACCCAUUCACCCAUCAGCCGGAUCUCAUCUAACCAACAACCAUCUUUAAGCUUCUUUGCCUUUCUCUCUCUAUCUUUCUCUCACAAUCUACUCGCAAAAUUCUCUAUUUUCUCUUCUCAGAAAGAAAAAUGAGAACCGCUGGGACCAUAACCUCACCAGCACCGGCACGGUCUGAGUCUGCAAUGUCACAGCACUCGCCAUGGCAUUCUCCGGUGCCUUACCUCUUUGGUGGCUUGGCUGCCAUGUUGGGUUUAAUAGCUUUUGCUCUUCUCAUCCUCGCUUGUUCUUACUGGAAGCUUUCUGGGUAUUUAGAGAACGGUGACAGUGCCGAAAGAGAUCCAGAGAGCGGUGAUGAGAAGGGAGGUGAAGGAAUCAAAGUUCCAACUGUGUUUGAAGAGAAGAUUGUAGUGAUCAUGGCAGGAGAUGAGAAACCCACCUUCAUUGCUACACCCAUUUCAAGCAGAGCUACUUCUUUUAAUGAUAACAACAACAAGAACAACAAGGAAGAGAAUGAAAAAUCUGAGAAACCCAAAGAAGAGACAACUCUCCAAGAACAACAGCAACAACAACAACAAGAAGAUCAAGAAGAAGCAGAGCCGAAUAGAGAGACAAGCCAGACCCAGAACCAGUGAGCCCUUUUCUGAUCUUCUUCUCUCUUUUCCGAUAUCACUCUUGCCUGUGGAGAGGGGAUUAGAGAAAGCUCAUAUUUCAGGUUUUUGGAUUGAUCUCUGAA